AUGUCAAGUCCUCCUCAGUCCAGAUGCAACAAAGCCUGUGGUCCUGGAUUCCAGAGGAAAGCUCAGGAAGGAAGGCCUGGCUGCUGUUUUAACUGUGACCCCUGCCCAGAGAGGCACUUUUCCAACCAGACAGACAUAGAUCAAUGUGUGAAAUGCCCUGAAGAUCAAUAUCCAAAUCAAGAGAGGAAUCAGUGCCUCCCCAAAGUGGAGACCUUCCUGGCCUAUGAAGAGCCCUUGGGGAUGGCUUUGGCUUCUAUAGCUGCAUGCUUGUCUCUCCUCACAGCUCUGGUUUUCUGGGUCUUUGUGAGGCACAAAAACACCCCCAUAGUCAGAGCCAAUAACCGGGAUCUCAGCUACAUCCUCCUCAUCUCCCUUUUCUUCUGCUUCCUCUGCUCUCUGCUCUUCAUUGGUCGCCCAACAGCAGCCUAUUGCCUCCUCCGACAAACAACCUUUGGAGUCAUGUUCACGGUGGCCGUCUCCUCUAUUUUGGCCAAAACCAUCAUUGUGGUUCUGGCCUUCAGAGCCACCAGACCAGGCAGCAGGGGCAGGAAAUGGAUGGGAAGCAGAGGCCCCAUUUCUGUUGUUCUCUUUUGCACCUUGAUACAAGGCAUGCUCUGUGGAGUCUGGCUGCUGCUCUCUCCCCCAUUCCCAGAAGCAGACACACACUCUGACCGUGAGCACAUCAUCCUGGGGUGCAAUGAGGGUUCCCUCAUUGCCUUCUAUUUUGUCCUGAGCUACAUGGGAGUCUUGGCCCUGGCGAGCUUCGCCGUGGCCUUUUUUGUCAGAAAUCUCCCUGACGCGUUCAAUGAAGCCAAAUUCAUCACCUUCAGCAUGCUGGUGUUCUGCAGUGUCUGGGUCUCCUUCCUCCCCACGUACCAGAGCACUAAGGGGAAGAUGAUGGCGGCCGUAGAAAUCUUCUCCAUCUUAAGCUCCAGUACUGGCUUGCUAGCCUGCAUCUUUAUCCCCAAAUGCUAUGUGAUCCUUCUGCAGCCCCACAGGAACACCAGGAAAACCUUAAAGAAUAAUGUCAAGUCUUGAGUGCACAAUUAUUGUGAAUUGUUCUGUGGAACUAAUAACAUGAGA